AAGGCCAGGCACGGGGGUGGGGGGGCGAGGGUGACUCUCGAAAACUAAAGAUGAGCUGCAAAAACCGAUUAGACCCUUUGCUUCCUACAGAGGUGUUUACUGUUCAAAACAUACUGCGAACCAGGCUGCAAGGAUCAAACGUGGAUGACUCGCUUGAUGUGAACACUGAACUAGGAAGCUUGAGAGAGACAGACCGAGAGUCUGGGGUGGCGCGCGGGGCUGUGGCGACGUGGGAGGAAUUGUGUGACCAAAGACCAUGAAACAAACGACUUGAGCGGUUCAGAUAGUUAGGUGAAAUUCACCUCAGCUGCGCUUAUCCAGUAAAAGUAGAAGAGAGACAGCGACGCGUCUACGGACAGAAACGUACCAGCGGCUCCGCGGUGGGGAUUUUUCGGGGAAACCUCAGAGAGAGAUGCUGUUCCCCAGGCUGUUUCCAAGUAGGAGGAGAUUAUUUGCCCAAAGACUCUGAACCGUUCCUUUGUCCAAAUCCAAGAUAUAGCAAUACCUAAUCUCCCUCAAACAGAACUUUCGAAUUUCAUUUAUUUAGAGAGAUCUGAAACCCUCAACUAUGAGAGAAGUAAAGCUGAAAAGACCGCUCUUUAUGAUACAUUUUGAGUAGCUAAACAGGUAGGCAGAUGCAUGAAAGAAAGUGGUUUUCUUUUGGAAGCUGUUUUGCUUCAGAAGGUACCUUCUACUUGCUGAAAGCAUAUACAAUUGUAAAUAGAAUCCGAAGACAAACGUUUGUCAGUGUAGAUGCACCAUUUGAUAAAUAAAAUCGAAAUAUUCUUUGGAAAGGAAAAAGUCAGUCAAGAUUUAAGAAAAAUUAUUCCCUCCAUGAGAACGUUGUCUUGUUUUCUUUUUUUUUUAACAUGUCUUGAAUUAAACAAAACAUGUUAACAAGAUUGUAAGGAAAACCCUGCAUGAUGUAAACAUCCAAAGAAAGAAAUUCUAGAUUGAUUAUAUUCUGGGGCCGCAAAGAUUUUAUUACUAGAUAUCUCUGAAGUAGUGGAACCAGAGGCCAUGAAAGCAGGACUCUAAGGGGGAGGGGGGAGGGAGGAGGACUUUGGAGAACUUUCCCCAAAUUAAAAAAAAAAAACUCUAUAAAUGCAAUAAAUUGAGCUGAAUUUUAUUGUAAAUGCAAUAAAUUGAGCUGAAUUUUAUUUUUCCAGGAUUAAAAUAUGUAUCUGGUAGGUUUGGAAGGCCAAUUGCCAACUCAUGAGUGUAUCAGAAUAAAAACUCAAAAGCAAAUGCCAAAUGCCUGUGGUUUAUGUAAACUACAUAAAAUCACGGGGUUUUUAUAUUUAGUUGGAUCAUGGACGGAUAUAAAAUGAUAGAUAAAAAUCAGUUGUUAUGGCUUGUCGUGGAUUUUUCAAGUGCUUAUUAAUUUUCCCAAGUUUCCAAAUGUUUUCAUUUACAAACACUUGUCUAAUAUUUUAAGCUUCUGAAACUGCAACAGGCAUCGUUUCCUUAUUUCCCUUCUCUGAAGUACAUGGGAAAAGAUAGCCAAAGAAAUACUUCUAAGUGAAGCGCGUCCUUGCUGCCUGACCUCAGAACAAUGGGAAGUGUUUGGCCAUCUCUGCAAGGACGGGGGUGGGGUGGGGAGGAGGCUAGAGGACAUCAAUUGUCAGUCACUGAACCCCCUCCUCACGAGGCUGUGAAUAACGCCUAUCUUGGGGUGCUUGGAGGGAAAAGGAGAGUGCUCAUUCGGGUGGAAAAAGUGGGAACUAGGGUGCGAGGGGCUAUUUUAUCACGUCUUGAUGAGGAGAGUGAAUCAGGAGAGCCCUCUGGGACUGAUGGGUCCGGCAGGUUAAGUGGAUCUGCACUGAGGCCUGCCGGUGGAGCAGGCACCUCCGCUGCGGGUCGCUCCUGCGGGCGUUGGCCCUGGUCGCCCGCACGCCCGCUGCAGCCGCCAGAGACCGGGGCUGGGAAACCCGCUCCCUCCCCAGCAGCGCCUAUUACCAACAGCUGCUUCUGCUUAGCCCUCCGAGGAUCAGUUUGCCCCAACCCACGGCCUCUCCCCGGGCUCCAUCUCCUCUGCCCCUCCCUUCCCUUCCCCGCCUCCUCCCCAGCUCCGCAACGGCCAGGCGUGUGGACGCUGCAGUGCAGUCACGCGCGCUGGUUGCGAGCCCCGGGAUGCGGGACCUGGGGGAGGGAGCGCUAGGCUUGAGCCGGAAGGACCACAAGGCUUUAAGCCCGCCGAGGGAGAUUAGAGGAAGGCGCAGCAGCCGUGACGUGAGGAGGCCCAAGGCAGGAAGGGUGACAGGCUAGGCUCGCGGCAGAUCGCUGUCUCUCCACCGGCCGGGGUGCGCCCGCCACCUGUAGCUUCGAGGAGAUCAACAGGCGGAGAGGAUGCAGGGGCGCGGCUGCUCUGCCCUGGGAUCUCGGGGGCUCGGGAACACCUUGCCCCUGCCGCCGCUGGGGUGGGGGGAUGUGCGCGGUGAUCCCCCCCAGGGGCACGGUUUGCCGGGACAGCCUCCCUCGUCCUCCACCUCCACUCUCAGCUUGGGACUGGAAACACACCCGCGAGGCGGGAGCAGGCGCUCACAGAAGUUCGACGGAAACUGGGACAGGAAAACAAACGCUGCUGCGUGGGCGCCGCAAUUGGCGCGGGGACCCAGGGCCCCGCUCUGCAGCUCCCGGCGGCGGAAGCCGCGGGCCAGGCCACUGAGGUAGUCCUGCUCCCGCGGACUGGAGUCGGUUGUCCUCCGAGCGUCGAGCGGGAGAGGAACCGCCGGCCGCGGCAGGAGUCUCCCGGUGAGGACAGGCCAGGCCCCCGGCCCCGUGCUCUAUAGGGGUCUAAUGCCGGCCUGCUUGCUGCAACGGCCUGUUGUGACACAGAGGAUGGUCAGCGUAAGAAUACGCUUCUAGAGAGGUUUCAUCGAAGUGUGCGAUAGUAUUUUGGGAAACAAGCCUGCAGUGGCUGCGAUGGGUUAGAUCCCCGGCCCCGCACCAUCGCGCGGUUCUGUUUUCCCGGCUUAGCACAAGGAAUGCCUAGAAGUGACCGAAGCAAAGGGCCUAUCGGGUCCUUCUCCCCGCCCACCACCGAGAGUGGGGGGCUCAUCCGUCAGAGGAGGGCACACCCAUUCGCGCCUGUGUCAGAUCUGACAGCUGGAAGAGAUCUCAGAGGACUUGUCCAACACUGCAGCUAUGCGGAUGAAGAAAUGACUUUCGGCGGGGUCAAGUGACCUGCACAAGAUGACACGGCUGUAUGCCCAACGCGUAGAAUAAUGUCUAGCGCAGGACGAGCCAUUAGUCAAUCUGUGUUCAGAAAAUGAAUACCCAGCCAGGUGGUCGUAAGGCUUGAGGUCGGAAUCCCUGUGCACCCUUUUCAGCCUAAGGGUAACCACGUGCCAGGCUGUUUCCGCCCAAAGCUGCGCGCUUCAAGGCCAGGCCACAGCAUCCGCGGACUCGGAUGCCCCUUUGCACACAGAUUCCCGCAAACCAACCCUUCGCCAGUCUUUACUGAUCUCUAAGAAUCUGCGAUCUCCAGCCCCACCUUGGUUUUCAUCCCGCAGUCGUGCGGACUGUCCUGUGGUCAGUAUCGUUUCCUUAGCGUCAGAAAUUGCCACAGCAGAAAAUUACCAGGAGU